CUUCGUCUUUAUUUCCCAAGACGUCAAUCAGUCGAAAGGUCGCUCCGUUCUCGCUAAGAAAAAGCUAAAACUUUGGUUUUAGGCUGAUUCUCUGCACCGUAAAUUGGUGAAAUAGAUUAAUAUACCACGCGUACGUGUAAAUUGUGAAAUUUGCAAGUACAAUUCAAUUCGGUGUCGCUUCCAGAUGGUAGUAGAGCUGCUAUCAAAUACGUGGUAGUUGUGUUUUUUUUCUCGACUGUGUGAAAAGUGCAUGUUUUCCGUUCGCUAGCAAUUUUCCUACCCGUAUCCGUUGCUGCGUAGGUGCGGAAAAGGGCGAAUAAAAACGCUGAACCUCAAGGUAGAAAUUGAAUUACGGCAGCUAUCGAAGGGCAGAUAUAUUUUUCGCGAUAAAAGUGUUGUUGGGCCGGUCAUUUAGAAGGCGUUCAGAGCAUGGCCGAGGAGAGUAUCCUAACCGAAAGCGGCACGAUGGAUCCGGCUGGAUCCAUCACAACAGAGGAGCAGGUUGGCUUUCUGGCCAGCAUCGUUAACGAAAUCAUCUACAGCCCGCUGAAUGUGGUGCUGGUGGGGGUGAUUACAUUCCUGGUGUACAAAAUCUUCCACAGCAGACAGCAGCCGGCGAGUAGUCCACCACCGGAGCCGGAGCUGCCACGCCUCCGUCAGGACAUGACGGCGGCGGAGCUCCGCAAAUACGACGGAAACCAGCCAGACGGGCGGGUACUUGUUGCCGUCAACGGUAAUGUGUACGAUGUAACGAAGGGAAAGCGCUUCUACGGCCCCGGUGGACCAUACGCUGCAUUCGGUGGACGUGAUGCUUCCCGUGGUCUCGCCACGUUCAGCGUGUCCUGCAACGAGAAGGACUAUGACGACCUAAGUGAUCUCUCCCCGAUGGAGAUGGAAUCGGUGCGGGAGUGGGAAAUGCAAUUCAAAGAAAAAUACGUCUUCGUUGGCCGCCUGCUCAAGCCAGGCGAGGAACCGACCAGCUACUCCGAUGAGGAAGAGGAAACACCUAACGACACCUCGACUCCCUCGGCAACGGAAUCUGCAUCUGCGCCAGCCGCUACUGCUACCAUUACUACCGCUCCGGCACCACGAUCGCCGAAAAAGGAAAGCAAAUCGAGCAGCGAAGCGACAACGGCGGCGGCGGCGGCUGUCGCCCCGUCUAAGGUGGAGGAAAUUAAACCCGACGGUGAGGCCAAGGGUAAGGACGAGGAGUGACGCCUCAAUAGUGACAGCGACAGCGACAGCAGAGUAGUAUCCUUAAGAAGUGAAGUUGACGGAGUCGAUGUCGAUGAGAGACUCAGUAGAUCGGGUAGGAAUAACAGCAGCAACAAUCCAGACACUGCGGGAGAAACGAUGGCCUAUACAACAAACACUACUGAUAUUGGCGAUGGUGGUGGCGGCGAGUUCGACAACGGCCGCGCGCCAUUCGAUCAGCAUAGCAUUUGCAAUAUGUUUGGAUUUUAACGUAAAUUAAUUUGGUGGUGGCGAAGGUUUAUACUUAAAUUUUAUACUGAUGAUUAUGAUGGGAAAACGUUGUCGGGUUCACGCGUAUCGCUGGACAGGGAAGCAUCUACGUUCACACAAAUUUUCAAAGCGAAACCAGUAGCGCACCGGCGGUUGUUGUGGUUGUCAAUUGGCCACGAAUAUCGAUCAAUUUAUUGUCGUUUUUGUUGUUUGUUACGUGUAAACUGCCGACUCAUCACAAGAGCAUGCUUGGAGGUUUCUACACUGAGCUCUCGACGGAGGAAGCGCUUCGGUCGAAGCAGGCUUUGAUGACGCUGCUGCUUUCCUCCCACAGCGGGCAUAUUGUGUGGUUGCUAUCCAAAAUUUGCAUACAUGUAUGUGUUUCAAAUCGUGUUACAAUUCGUGUGUGAUUAUUCUGCAAAUAAUACAAAUUCGUUCGUUCAAUUCGGGCUAAUCCGUCCACGCACUGACCAAAAAUUUGUGUUCGCUUCUUUGCCCUAGCGUCAUUCCUUCAGCCCUUCGCAUUCAAACAUAAAUCUACCAUCUACAUCAGCUAUACUGAUUGUUUUAUUUUAAAUCAUUAAUUCGUAUGUGUAAUAAUCGCGAAAGCCUAAGAAAUCAUUGUCUAUUUCUUGACGUAGGAUUACGUUUUUCAGUAAUGGUGUCGAAUCAGAAAACAGGGCGCGUUUUUAUGAAAUAGUUUUCACGUCGAUAACUAUUUUUGCUGCGACUAUACUUUGAUGAUGUGCAUAUGAAUUGAACCGGAAAUUCUCCGUCUUUUGAACAUUUUUUUAUUGUUCCGUCUUUUAAUCAAUAUUUUCAGUAUGAAAAGAAAAAAAUAAUGCUUUUUAUUAUUUUCAACACAUUGUUUUCGGCGGAUUGACGGAUUGUGGGAUUGUGGUCCUAUUUUACAUAAUAUGAAAAUGUCCUGUUGUACCAUGCGAUUUAUUGAAAACCCCAUGCCUUAAAAUAGAAAUGAUGUACACUGAAAUUUUCUGGUUAUUUUGAUCGUUUUAUUACAACUGUUCAACACAAAAAGGGAAGAAGUAUUUUUGAACAGUGAAUUACAAGUUACAGUGAGUCCAAUUGAUUCAGAGGAAUACAGGAGGCAAAAUUUAUCGUGACAGUGGUAAAUUUUGAUGAUACUGCGUUGGGUCACAUUGAAAAAUGGAAGUCUAGUCUAGAAAGAGCACAACAGUAUAAAUGGAUUGUAUUCAAGUCCAUUCUUGAAUUAUCAGAGAUUCGAAAUAGCAUUAGUAUAGAACUUCCUGUUCAGACAGUUGAAAAUAUUUUGUUUGAUGAGUGGAUAAUGAUUAAAUUAAUUAUAAUUGAUGAGAUCAAAACUCCGGGUCUGUUACCAAUCGUUGGGAGUAAAUUUUCAGAAUUUACGAACGAAUUUCUAGAGUUUAAGGAACUCGUGAUCAUAUUUUGUGUCUGCCUGGCUAUACCGUACCGAUUACUGUUUUUUUUUUCUCUACGGAGUGGACAACAUCUGUAUUAGAUUAUUAGAUGUAGACAACGGAAAAGUCGGAAGAUAAUUGCCAAACAGACCUUUGAUCUGGAAUAUAACAAGUUUUAUGAUAAAAAAUUUCUAAAAAUCAUGAUCUUCUUCGCCAAAUCUCCAAAUCUUAUCUAAAUCUUUCUUCACUCGAAAGAACAAAUUCGCAUCAAAUAAUUUUUGAUUAUUUGGUUUUAUUCCAGGCGUUAUUCACUCAAUAACAUUUCCCAAAAUGUACUGGAUGUGCAACUUAAUUCGUUCCGUUUUCACAAGAUGACUCAAAGUGAUAUAAAUAUUUGUAGGCGACAGCUGUAUUUGAUGAAUCGGGAAGUGUCAACAUCUGUCAACCAAAUAUUGUUUACAAGUCUUGGAGUUUUGCACAAGUUAAAUUUUUACUGCGUUGAACCGAAAAAGUUUGAAGACGAUUAAUUAGAGACAUUACUCGAUCAGGAUUCGUACCAAACGUAAACAGAGCUUGCAGAAUCAUCAGGAGUAACUCGAUAAGCUAUUUCUGAACGAUUUACAGCCGCCGGAUACAUCCAAAUUGUAUUCUAUACGAAAUGGAAGCCAGAGAUGUCGAACGGAGAUUUUGCGUGUCCGAAAUGUUACUCGAAGCCAUUUUGCGUCGAAUCGUUACCGGGUCGAAAAAUCGUAUGUAAAGUCCGGCCAACCCAGAACAUCAAUGCCGAUGCCGAAUAUCCACGGUGCCAAAUAAAUGUUCUGCAUUUGGUGGGACCGAAAGGGUGUUAUCCACUAUGAGCUGCUAAAAACUUUUUACAGAAAACUAUCAAUCCUCACUCCCGACAUUCUUCCAAAAAUGAAAGUAACAAUGACGAACCAACCAAAAAUGUGUUGAAAAUCACUAUAAUAGAGAAAAAAAAACCUGUUUCUUGCACGAAUAUUGCUCGCCAGCAACAGAUUAGGUUUUGAUUUUACAGAUUAGGCUAAUACGACUAUCGUUAAUUAAGUUAGCUUUGAUUUUUCGUUUCUUCGUUCUAUUUUCAUAUUUUCAGCAUUAAAUGAGAAACGAAAAAGCAUUUUCGUUUGACUUCAGAGAGAGAGAGAGAAAAGAGAGAGAGAGAGAGAGAGAGAGAGAGAGAGAGAGAGAGAGAGAGAGAGAGAGAGAGAGAGAGAGAGAGAGAGAGAGAGAGAGAGAGAAAGAGAGACUACUCAUUUUACGCAAAUAUCGAGACUGCUAAAGAUUGUGAGGCGAAAAAUUCGAUCAACACUUUAGUAAAAUAGAAACUGAAAAUGGCCAGGACGAGCACAAUAUUUAUAAUGCUUUCACAUAUUAAUAAUGCUUUUCACUGUCCGACUACAUCCGGCAUCAACCGCUGACCAAUCUUUACUUCGAUGGACUUUCAUGCACAUUUAUAGAUUUUUGUGAUCUCAAUAGUUUUUUCAAAGCAGUUUUGAGUUAUAUAAAAGUCGGGUCAAAAAGAAAUAAACAUCACUUUUUAACAUUCGCAAGCGAUUAUCAUUACUCUCAACCGGAAAAGAGGUAUUAACGCUCAAAUCCUUGCAUCCCAAAGGUAAUGCUCUUGUUUUCAAAAUUUUAAACUAACACUCCCGUACAGGUGCAGAUAUACAGCAAACAUUCGCUAACUGGGCGAAAAGGGAAGACCAGUUAUUGACAUUUGCGUUUUAACUGGUCCGGCAUGUUAAACGUCAAAUAAAAUCGAGGGGAACUUCAAUGAAUUGUUUGAUUCACGUUGAUAAUGAAAUUGGAUAAACAAAAGGAUUCCAUUGAAAGUUUCGCAUUGAGUGUGACAACAGAUAUGAAAUAUAAUUUGAGGACAUUAUUUUUCUGUAAUUCAAUCAAUGUUUUUGUCAUGCGAAAAUAAUGUCAAUUUUCAUAACAUUUCAAGUUUCAUUCGAAUUCCCCUCACAUCAAAUCUUCCAUUUGAAUAUGGCGUCGAUUGUUUACGAAAUUCUGCUUUUUAACUGGUCCAAGGACCAGUUAACGUUCGCCCAGUUAAAACGCAGACCAGUUAAAACAGGACCAGUUAGCGAACGAUUACUGUACAGAAGCAUUCCAGACGGCAUGAAAAUCGACGCAAAAAUUGCAUCACUGUGUUCGAUACAUAUCUUCCAUUGUUCCUUUGUAUCGAGCGAAACAUUCGUCUCUAGCCUUGAAAAAGACCAAUUUAGAAAACUAAACUCUCGGCCUUAGAAAUAAGCCAUUCAGAGGAUCUCGCUGCCGUCUGGUCGCUAUAUAGAUGAUCUAGUGAAUCCUGAGUGCUGUGAAAUCGCGAAUAGCUUGUUUGUACCCGAUAAAUUGAAAACGGGCAGAGCUUAAAUGGCACUAUAGCCCUUAGAACGAACUCUCCAUUUGCUAUUUCUGUUUCACAAUACCGUGUCCUGUUUUCUGAUUUGAUACCAUUCCUGAAAGACGUUGUCUAAGUUAAAAAAAAGGUAAUGAUUUCUUAGGUUUUCUUAUUGUUACACAUACAAAAAAGUUGAAAAAAAAGUAACCAGAAGAGCCGGCCGGACCAAAUGCCGCCCGCAGGCCACUGGUUGAAUAAAGCUGAUCUACAUCAUCCAAGUUGAUCCAAUCAUAAAAGCAAAGAUCGAAUGCUAAACCAACCGUGUCUCUCCCACGUCAAUUGUCAGCUCGACCAAAACAACAUUUCUUAAGGAUCGGCUGUACUUAGAAGAGCCUAUAUUUUCGAGUUUAUGCUGCUGCUGCUGCUGCUGAUGCAGCGCACAGCACUACGAAACUUGUCAAUCUUCAACCGAGACUCCCCUUUACCAAUGAAAAAAAAAAAACAACACAGGUUUAACUAUAACCGCAACCGCUUGAGGCUUAACAUUGUUCGGACCGCUUCCGGUGUGCAACAGCGUGAAGCCGUCUCUCCGAACAAUUUCAAGCCAUCGGUGACCGACUGACUGACCGAACGCACCAUCCAGCGUUGACAAUUCCAUUCCUCCAGAGAAGAGUCUAUUACAAAAAAAACGUCAGUACUUACACACGCAAACAGUCUUGGCACAUACACACACACAUAUAAACAGAUUAGCUAUAAACUACUUCUACUACUACUGCUACCAGUCUAAAAUACAAGCAGUACAAGCAUAAAUAUAUACGGUUAAGGUGUCUUUGUAUUGAUAUAUUACUGGAUGGAAAACAAAAACUAACGCUGAGAAUAUAAGAAACACACAAACAAAACAAAACAAAAAAAAACAUAAAAAAAUGCUAUACAAACAUUAAAAAUUAAAAUUUUUCCAAGCGCAUGAUAGUCGGGGGUAAAACCGAGAAGCUAAAGAUGAUUACUAUUUACAAACUCAAAUUUUGCAAAUGAGAAAAAUAAUGGAAAAACAACAGUCAAAUGUGCGUGUCGUGAUGCGCGCGUAGUUUACAAAGCGAGGUUCCUCGUCACUCUAUUGGACAGAAGCUGUGUGUAAACGCACGAUUAAAUGGUUUGUUCCGUUCUUUAAAUUGAAACAUAUUUCGGCUUAGUGUUUUUUUUGUUCGUAAAAACCGUGUUCGGUUUUCGUUGUUACACACACACAUACACAGAUACAUAUGAUUCCAAAAUGAUAAUUAGUUUAGGGGGUUGUCAAAUGAUGAACAGCUAUAAUGAAUAACUACUAUAUAAAUUACACACAACAUACAUGCAUGGUGUACAUCUGUGGAAAAGAUGACGAUUAUGAAGAAACAAAAUCAAAGGGGAAUUUUUUGUGGCUUAUAAAGUAGAUAAGUUUUAAGGGUGUAAUUAAAAGUUUUUUUUUAAAAACAUGUUUAUACUUUAGGCAGCGAUCGUUUAUUUUAUAAAAAAAAACCAGAAGUAAACUUCGAACAAAUCGCGGAUACAUUGAAAACAAACGGAUGCAAAAUUUACAGAGAAAACAAUGUUAACUAA